UUUAACAUUGCAUUGACUCACCCGCCACAAGGCCUUAAUAAAAGCACAUCGGUGUCUCUUGCAUUGGUGUAAAAGAAUGACAAUACCAUCCCAUGACGACAGUUAUGUCGUCAUCGACAGAAACGGCAUUGUCGAAAACAAGCACUUGGUCCAUGCUGUUGUCGUGGACUCUACUGGGCAGCUUCUACUUUCCCUUGGCGAUCCCUCGCGUAUAACAUUGCUUCGCUCUGCAGCCAAGCCUGCUCAAGCGCUGGCGGUUGUGGAAACUGGUGCAUUUGAACAGUUUGGCUUUGAUGAUGUUGAUCUAGCACUUAUGUGUGCUUCACACAGCAGCGAAGAACGGCAUGUUGCACGGGCUCAGCAAAUGCUCGCGAAAUCACGGCACGUCGAAGAUCAGUUGCGCUGUGGUGGUCAUCCCUCAAUCAACUUAGCCAUCGCCCGAGAAUGGAUAAGGCGUGGUUUCGAGCCAACCGGAGUUUAUAACAAUUGCUCCGGAAAACACGCGGGUAUGCUAGCUGGUGCUAAAGCUAUUGCCGCUACCUCAGACGACUAUCACCUUCUCACACAUCCGAUUCAGAGUAGAGUUAGGCGGGUGGUGGAAGAAUUGGCAGGUCUGGAGGAACAAGAUGUUCGGUGGGGGCUUGACGGUUGCAAUAUGCCAGCUCCUGCGUUACCCCUCUUCCAUCUUGCUAAGAUUUAUGCUUCAUUUGCUCAAGCAUCAGAUGCAUUGGCAAGCGGCAAUUCAACCGCCAAAAGAGUACAGCAUAUGGGGCGGAUAUUUAACGCCAUGUUCCAAAACCCUGAGAUGGUUGGCGGCGAGGGCAGAUUUGAUACGCUCCUUAUGCGUGCUUUUAAUGGCGCCAUCAUCGGCAAAGUCGGGGCCGAUGGCUGCUAUGGGAUCGGACUGCGUAAGUCCGGGCGCACCGAAAGCCUUGGGGCUUUGGGCGCAAUUGGUAUUGCGGUCAAGAUUGAAGAUGGAAACUUAGAUAUACUUUACGCCGCCGUGGCCGAAAUCUUGGAACAGUUGAAGGUUUGUAGUCGAGAAGACUUACAGAGUCUGGAGACAUAUCAUCAUCCUAAAAUUCGCAACACAAUGGGCAUUGUUACAGGUACCACGAGCUUCCAGUUCAGUUUUCAGUCGGAAAGAGGGACGUUGAUCUUUUAGGAACUGGUUGAAGGUUGCAUGCAUAGACAAUAAGAUGAUUUAAUUGUCCCGAUCGUGGAAAGCUACAAACUGCAUCCCUAUACAAACAACUCGGCGUAAUUAGCUAACUGGGGAAUAAUACCUCGGUAUAAUUAGCUAACCGGGAACUCCUACCACAUGAUGUUCUCUUUUACUUUAACAAGAAUAGAAGGUAUUGAGUUGAAGGGUGGUAGUCUGGAAGUUGUGGGUGCUAGGAAACUAAUUAGGGAGAUAUCAGAUAAUCGGCUUGUCUGAACCAACCCAUGUAUUUAAUAGCUUUUUCGUCAGUCU